AUUUCUAACAAGUCCCAGGUGAUGCUGAUGCUGAGGGUCCAGGGACACGCUUUGAGAACAGCUUGUUACUCAGGCGAUAUGUGGACAGUAGCGUCAUCUUCACCUGGGAGCUUCCUGCAGCAUCUCAGGCCUUGCCCCACACCUACCGGAUCAGAAUCUGCAUUUUAACUCAAUCCCCACGUGAUUCUCAUGUACCUGGAAGUUUGAGAAAUACGACCUUAGAGGAGCCAGAAUGUGAAACCACUGGAGGCAGAGAUAGAUGGAGAAUAUCUCUUCUUCCCACGGAUACUAAAGAUGCAACAAAAAGGGCUGACUCUCUGGGUGUGCACCCAGGUGGGGUUGAUGAGGACCGAAAAGAGGCGAGAUGUGGAUAGAGGACUCUUCCCUGAGGGAAGGCAGAGAGAACAUAGGAAAAUCUGAAGAAAGGAGGUGGCUUCAGAGGAAAGGCAUUCAUCGGGGCCAUAAAACAGUGGAGAAGGUAUCCUGCUGAGAGCACAGGGGUGGGGAGGGGGUGCCCUGGAGCUGAAGCCUUCAGUGGGAGGACAGUGAUAGGUGAACACACAUGUGAAUAAACAGUUUGCUAAGCAGCUGCGAGGGCUGGCCAAGGUGAGAAAGCAUCCGUCUGCAGAGGCCUCAAUAAGGCCAGUGUGUUGACUUUGUCCUGCGGUGUGCUCAGCAGUGGAAAAAACCAACAGCUAUGCAGGGAGAGGGAAGGAGCCACGAUGGGCACGGGUUACUGGGGCCAGGGCUUGACUAGUAGGUGGACACAGAGGAAGGCCCAGGCUGUGUGGGAACAGAGCGCAGAAGCAAUAGAUUCCUCUUGAAGAUCCUUGGGCUGUUAACCUUUUUUAAACUUAAGAGAGGUUGUGUGGGCGGGGAGGGAGGAAGGAAAAUCCUUCGGAAGACAUAGACUUACUCUGUUUCUUCCAUCAUAUGUGAAUAAAUAUGGAUAGCCAAGAGGUGAAUAAAACAUGUGUUCCCAGGUGGCCAGUGAGACCUAGGUUGCAAGAUGGUGGGGUGUGGGUGAGGCCGGGGAGUGCUGCAAGCCCCAGAAUCCCCCAGCCUUGGUCCCCCGCCACAUAGCUAAGAAGUGAGGGAGGAGGUGAGAAGGAGUCACUGCCCAGCCUCACUUCCGGUGGAGUACGCUGUCUCCUUGUCAGUUCUGUCUCUGGGGACAGUUGCCUGCUUUCACCUCUCCCUCCAUCCCCUCUUCUCUCACAGGGAAAAAUUCACCUUAAUAUUGGAAGUUCCUCUCCUAGCAAAGUCCUUCUCAAGCACCCACAGGCAAACAGGAAACUAAGCAGAGUUAGGGCUUCCAUGCCUAGCCAACUACACGACUCUCCUCUCGCUUCCCUAAAAACUAGCGCAAGGGGCAGCGUGGGUUCCGGCAUAGAUGGACCUGUGUUGGAAUCUCUGCACGUGCUGUGCUGACCCUGGCUAGCAGUUGACCUCUCUGAGCCUUUGUUUCCUUUCCACUAGACUCCCUGAGGGUAGGGGCUGUGUCUUUUUCACUGCUCUGUCUGCACUGAGCACUGUGCAGGGCACAUAGGAAGUUCCCAUAAACGUUUGUGGGAUAAAGGAAAUAAAACCUUCUCUCUUCCUGUCCCCCUUGUGAUGGCUUUGCACAAGGCACUGUCCUUGGCCAGGUUUGCUAGGCUAGUGUGAGGAUAAACUAGGUAUAUUACAAAUUGGAGAAAAUUUCUCGUUCUUCUUGGGAGAAGGUGCUGUACAAUGAAACAAGAAUGUCUUGAUUCCCUUCUAUGCCAGGUACUGGGGAGAAACAGGUGCCUCAUAACCAUUGAUCCAGGCAGCAAUAAGCAUACUCCUGCUUCCCAAGGCCUGAUGCCUCUCUCCUUCUUCCCUUCCUUCUUCCCUCCUCCUCUUCACUCUUUCUCUGCACACAUGGAAGAAUGGCUGCUAGGCAUUGCCCAUUUGGAAAAGUACAGCUCAAUGGAUAUGAAUCAGCUUGGGCAGGCGAAAAAUGAUUCACGUCUGACCAAAUCGAUUUAGUUCAGGUUGCCCGUUCUGCAUCUUUUUUCCCUUGUAAUUAAAUGAUGAUUGGUCUUGAUGGUGGGAAGGAAGAGACAGAAUUUAAUUUGUUUGCCUUUGUAGAAAGCUGGGGACAGCACAGAUAAGGGAAGAUGUCUCCCAUUUGGCAAAUAACUGAUGCGGAGGUGGAGUGGCAGUGGUGAUGGGGAUGCUGGCACCUUCGGGCCUCGUGGGCCGGGCAGUGCAGCUGGUGGCAGACGGUUCAGAACUCUACCAUGUUCCCAUCUGAAAACCAUGGCUGAUCAUGCCCACUCCUGACCUUGCUCCAGGGAGUACACAAAGACGUGUUGACUUUAAGAUGAAGACCAUAGAGGUAGAUGGCAUCAAAGUGCGGAUACAGAUUUGGGACACCGCAGGGCAGGAGAGAUACCAGACCAUCACAAAGCAGUACUAUCGGCGGGCCCAGGGGAUAUUUUUGGUCUACGAUAUUAGCAGCGAGCGCUCUUACCAGCACAUCAUGAAGUGGGUCAGUGACGUGGAUGAGUACGCACCAGAAGGCGUCCAGAAGAUCCUUAUUGGGAAUAAGGCUGAUGAGGAGCAGAAACGGCAGGUGGGAAGAGAGCAAGGGCAGCAGCUGGCGAAGGAGUAUGGCAUGGACUUCUAUGAAACAAGUGCCUGCACCAACCUCAACAUUAAAGAGUCAUUCACGCGUCUGACGGAGCUGGUGCUGCAGGCCCACAGGAAGGAGCUGGAAGGCCUCCGGGUGCGUGCCAGCAACGAGUUGGCAUUGGCAGAGCUGGAGGAGGAGGAGGGCAAACCCGAGGGCCCAGCGAACUCUUCGAAAACCUGCUGGUGCUGAGUCCUGUAUGGGGCACCCCACACAACACCCCUCUUCCCUCAGGAGGCCCAUGGGCAGACAGGGGAGCCGGGGCUUUGCCCUGCUGCUGUCCUCUUGUGUGAUGACCCUAUUGAGUAUCAGUAGCCACUACUCCCCCUGCCUGGCCCUGAGAGCGGCUCUGCUGUCAUCUCAAGCAGCCCCUGCCUCCAGCCCGUCCACCCUGGAGUGGUCUUCUUCAGCCUAUUUCCCCAGCCACAGGCCUGCUACGACCCCCAUGAUGUGCCGCAAGCACUGUCUCACCACCCCGCACUCGCCAAACAACAGCCGGGGCUGGAGUCCAGGCCACUUUCAACUCCUCCUUUCUCCGUGCAUCUUGUCUCCUCUCUGCUUUUUCUCUCUUCCCCCACUUCUCUUUCUCUGACCCCUCCCCUCCAGUGCGUUUAGUAUCAAAGCUCCUCAAACCCCCUCCCCCGUGUGUCCUGCUGUGUGGCAGCUGCCACAGCUCCCUCUUUCCUUCAUUCCUAACUGUCCGAGGGGAUGGACCCAGGCUCGUGGGGAGGUUCCACCCUUGGAUCCAGGAAGAACCCUCCACCCUGCCUCGUCGGUGGGCCAAAGGCUACAGGGUGCUUCUUCCUCUUCCCCUCCCCACUGUCCCUCGUGUACCAUGGGCCUGCCCCCCCAGUGACCUGUGAAAGUGGAGCAUCGAGGUAGGAGGGAAACGGCAACCGGGGAGUCCUCGAGCCUGGGGCCGCCUUACCUCUACCCAUUCCCCUACCAGAGCUUUGCUCUCGCUUGGCUGCCCGCCUGCCUCUUUGGGGAACUGAGCUCAGAGGCAGGUGCUUCAGAGAAGGAAACAAAAUGAGGGGUGGCAGGGAUAAAAAGUCACCUCCAUUCUCUACCUCCCAUGCAGCAUGAACUCAAUUUCUCUCCACCUGGCUCCCGAAUUUAAAGAUAUGGACCAAGGCCUGUGGGUACUCCAGGGGCAAGGAGAGCCCCGGGGUUAGUGACACUGUCAGGCCAACCAUGCACUCCAGAAAGGGGAGCAUUUGGAAAUGAAGGACUAGCUCCUAUGUAUCAGGUUAAGAGCAAGGGAGAGCUGGCCAGGGACAGCAGUUUGCACGGCAGAGGGGAAUGUAGCAACAGCAGGGCCUCCUGGGCCCCAUCUUCCAUUUCUUAGGUAAGAAGAGCAUUUCCUCAGACUCCCAGGCGGAGGACUGAGCCUAGCCUUCAGCAACCAAGGUUCUCCUGGGACCCAAAGUUUAUGGGAGAAGGGCAAAGCCUCCAUGGGAAGAAAGAAGGAAGGCCCUGGGUAGAAAGGCUUGGUGCUGUUUUCUUCAGCCUUUAAGACAAAGCGCUCAUCUUGCCCUCUAGCUCCUGAUAGGCUUGAGGGUUUGCCAACCACACUGUGGCUACAGGUGGAGGGAAGAGGACUCCCUCCUCCAGAGUGCUAUGUUCAGGAAGUUUCUUUAACCCCAUAUGGCCCAAGAGUAGCUUGUAGGAGGCCCUUUAAAGAUGGAACAAGUAAUUUACCAGUUCUACUGGGGUUCCUGCCCACCUUCCCAAGGUGGGCAAGGCCUAGGAAGAGGGUCGUUCUUAAGCCACACAUUAGCUGCAUUGCAUGGCUGUAGCCAAAACAAAGAACUGGGUGUUGAGUAUUCAUCAACUAAGGACCAAAAUCCAGGGCACUCAUAUGUGAAGGAUAAGAACCUCACUUCCUUACUCCUCCAAAAAGAGGUGGGGAAAGAACCACCAGACCUUUCCUCCUGACUUACCAAACCAGGAAACAGCAGGAGAGGGUGGCUCAGGACUUAGGGACAGGGUAUAGCUUAGAUGGUAGAAAGCAAAGGAGAGCAGGAAGUUGUAAAUCACUGGCUAAUGAGAAACAGAGAGAGCUGACUCUAGGAUGAAGCUGUGACUAGGCUGGAGUUGCUUUCUUGAAGAUGGGACUCCUUGGGUAUCAAGACCUAUGCCACAUCACACUGGGGCUAGGGAGGUAGGUGAUGCCAGCCCUCAAGUCUGUCUUCAGCCAGGGACUUGAGAAGUUAUAUUGGGCAGUGGCUCCAAUCUGUGGACCAGUAUUUCAGCUUUCCCUGAAGAUCAGGCAGGGUGCCAUUCAUUGUCUUUCUCUCCUAGCCCCCUCAGGAAAGAAGGACUACAUUUGUACUGUACCCUAGGGGUUCUGGAAGGGAAAACACGGAAUCGGGAGUCUAUAGACUGAUAGGCCCUAUCCACAAGGGCCAUGACUGGGAAAAGGUAUGGGAGCAGAUGGAGAAUUGGGAUUUUAGGGUGCAGCUACACUCACCCUAAACUUCUGUUGGCCUGGGGCAUGUCUUGAGGCCCAGACUGUUAAGCAGGCUCUGCUGGCCUGUUUACUCGUCACCACCUCUGCACCUGCUGUCUUGAGACUCCAUCCAGCCCCAGGCACGCCACCUGCUCCUGAGCCCCCACUAUCUCCCUGUGACGGGUGAAUUUCGUGUACUGUGUCUCGGGUCCAUAUAUGAAUUGUGAGCAGGGUUCAUCUAUUUUAAACACAGAUGUUUACAAAAUAAAGAUUAUUUCAAACCAC